AUGGUGGCCGUGAAGAGGAUCCUGCGUUAUAUUGCCGGGACGAUCAACUACGACUGCCGCUACGGGAAAGCAGAGGAGGGACGGCUGGUUGACUACAGCGACAGCGACCUCACCGGUGACAUUGAUACGCAGAAGAGCACUUAUGGCACUCUGUUCUUCUAUGGUGACAGCCUGGUGAGUUGGCAUUCUCUCAAACAAAGGGUGGUAACACUGUCGUCCUGUGAAGCAGAGUAUGUCGCCACCACCACUGAAGCUACACAAGGUGUGUGGCUAGCUCGAUUGCUCGGUGACUUCAAGGGGAAGCCUGCCGACACCGUCGAGCUCAAGAUUGACAACAAAUCAGCUCUAACAUUGAGCAAAAAUCAUGUGUUCCAUGAGCGCAACAAGCACAUCAAUGUGCGCUACCACUUCAUUAGAGGGUGCUUGUACAACAGAAUUGUCAGUGUAGACUUCAUUAGCACCAAGGACUAG